AAAAAGAACAAUAACCCAGAAAUGCAAAUGCUAAGAACCCUAAGCACGAGAACAAGGAGCCGUCGCAGUGGAUACGAACGUGUACGCAAUGAUUCCACCUUUAGCCUACUCGGAGCAAAGCUAAGGAGGUCACCGAGCGUUCCAUACUAUGCUCCAUCGAUAAGGCUUGGUGGAGACUUUCCUGCGAUUUUGGAAAAGCUUCCACGCCAAAAACCAAAUAAGACAGUGGUGACAAGCAGCUUGAGCCAUCCAAUCUUUAGUUUAUUUGAAGGUUAUCGCCGCCAUAGCAAGAAGAAAGCAACGGCUAAACCAGAGUUCUUUAGAUACCAUGACUACCUUAAGAAAAGUGGGAUGUGGGAUUUAAGAUCUAAUACUCAUGUUAUCUAUACUUUAAGAAUAAGGAAUAAGAGAAAUGGAGAUGAGACGAGAGAGUGGUUUCUUAAUCAGGGCCAUGCAGCAGAAGCAGAAGCAGGAGCAGCAAAUGCUCUAUUUCCUCUAACUCAUCCACCUUUAUCAACAUUGAUUCUCUAA